GUCUCGGCGGUGGUCUCGGUGGCGGUCUCGGCGGCGGUCUUGGCGGAGGCCAUGGCGGCGGCGGAGGCGGCGGUGCCAACUUGCAGCAAGUCCCAGUGCACGAAGAGACCAAGACACACGCAGCGCCCGUCGGCGGUGGAGGCUACGGCGGAGGCGGAGGCUACGGUGGUGGACACGGCGGCGGCGGAGGAGGAGGUGCACAGGUUCACAGCGUCGAGGUUGUCAAGGUCGCCGAAGGAGGCGGCGGCGGCGGCGGCGGCGGAUUCGGAGGCGGCUAUGGCGGCGGUGGAGGCGGAGGAGGCCACGGAGGACACGGCGGCGGAUGGCAAUAAGCGGGUUUCCCAAACACACACUGUGAUUCAGCCGACCACUGCACUUGCCGCAGAGAAAUUGGAGAGGCUGCCUCCCGCAAAGCAAGCAGGCCCCUGCAUCGAGAGCACACCCGCCAUGGUUCAGCGCAAGAACGUCCUCACGCCCUCGAACGAACUACGCAGAAAGGCACAGGAGCAAUGCUCUCCGGGAUUGUGUAAUAUAUUGUUGACCUCACGCGCCCGCGGUUUUCCGCGGGACUUCACGGCGCUCAGCUCACCGCCAUUGUUAAUAAAAUAUAUUGCGGCCCAAAGCGGACCGGCGGCAUUGACGGCAGCAGCGCGAGGAGUGACCACGACACAGCGGGCUCGAGGCGACGCCGAGGACCUGGACUAUAGCGUCAUCGUUCCUGGAGCAGCAGGAUCGCCUCCCGGCUUUGGUUCCAAGGCUUCGCAGUGGCUCCUUCACGCCUGCGCGUCCUUCCGCGUCGGACUACGGUUGACGGAGUGGACUAGCUGCGGUUCGGUGCAGUGA